UUCAAGGAAAAAUGGUUGAAAACUGGAAGCUGGGUUUUGGGGGAAGAAGCAAAGCUAAGUUGAGGAGGCUUGGUUGAUGGUUCAAUCACAUCACAUGGCCUCCUCCUCUUCUUCUUCUUCUCAACGCACACACAUUCCUGUUCCUUCAGACUCAGACCUUGGUGCUAAAUCCUUUGGCCAUGAAGCCCAAGCAUCAGUUGUUCCUAUCAAUAUUGUUACUGAGGCUUCUCAACUUCCAGCUGAAUUCCUUAACCCUUCGCCUGAGAGGCAAUUGAUUAUUGGGUUUGAUUGUGAGGGUGUUGAUCUGUGCCGCCAUGGAACUCUUUGUAUUAUGCAGCUUGCCUUUCCAGAUGCUAUAUUUUUGGUUGAUGCCAUUCAGGGUGGAGAAGUGCUUAUGAAAGCUUGUAAGCCUGCACUUGAAUCUAGUUACAUCACAAAAGUUAUUCAUGAUUGCAAGCGAGACAGUGAGGCACUAUACUUUCAAUUUGGCAUCAAGUUGCACAAUGUUUUUGAUACCCAGAUUGCUUAUUCUCUGAUAGAGGAGCAAGAAGGACGGACUAGAUUGCCAGAUGACUAUAUAUCUUUUGUUGGCCUCCUUGCAGAUCCACGUUAUUAUGGCGUAUCAUAUUUGGAGAAGGAAGAAGUUCGUGUGCUCCUUCGACAGGACCCUAAUUUCUGGACGUACAGACCAUUGUCUGAAAUGAUGAUACGUGCAGCUUCUGAUGAUGUUCAAUUUCUUCUUUCCAUCUAUCAUAAAAUGAUGAAGAAACUGAACCAAAGAUCCUUAUGGUACUUAGCAGUUCGAGGUGACCUGUAUUGCCGAUGUUUCUGCAUCAAUGACAAUGAUUUUGCUGAUUGGCCAGCUGUCCCUCCCAUUCCAGAUAACCUUACAGCAGAAGGUAAUAAUCCGGAGGAGGAGAUUCUUUCAGUUCUCAAUGUUCCCCCUGGAAAGAUGGGACUUGUUAUUGGAAGAAGAGGGGCCUCAAUUUUGGCAAUAAAGGAAUCUUGCAAUGCAGCAAUUUUCAUGGGAGGUGCAAAGGGUCCACCAGACAAGGUGUUCAUAAUUGGACCAGUGAAACAGGUAAGGAAAGCAGAAGCUAUCUUGAGGGGGAGAAUGCUGGAAAUGUUCUAGGAAACCCUUGUUUGUCAUGCAUAUCAACUGAAUCUUCACAGCAAAUACAAGUUCUCAUGCGUAGAAUUUGCAGCUCAAAUGUUCUCUCUUUCUGAUUUACUAUGAAAAUAGUUUGAUCUUUAAGUGGAUGCUGGUUUCAUACAGUUACAAAGAAUUUAUCUUGUUAUAGGAAGGCGUAAUAGAUGAUGAAAAUUCAAAAAGCAAAA